AUAACUAUUUUAGCUUACUCUUGAAAACCUUGUGAUCGGUAAAAAACUGUUGCCAUGUCACAGGAUCAAAUCUUACAAGCAAAGAAAACGUAUUGUAAAAAACCCUUGUUUUCUCCACAAGAUAUAAUAUUUAAAUGUGAACCAACAUAUCUCAGAAACUAACUUCGGAUUCAAACAAGUCGGCGAGGUUGCACCAUUCUUAGUAAUAAGAAAUAACCAAAAAGUAUUUGUUUCCAAAUGGCAAGAUAACAUUGACAAAUCGAGUUAAGUGAAGUUCUGUGAAACUAGUUCCAUUAAUAUUUGCUCGAAUAUUUGUUUCAUUUUAAAUAGUUAGCCAAUGAAUUCGCCCAUGUAAUUAAUUAUACACGUAUGUGCAUAUAUGCACCUAUAUUUGUUGGAAGCCAUGAAACCAAAUAUCGAUUUUUGCUGUUCCAUAUGCAUUUGCAUAGCUUUUUGCAUGUUACCAACACACAAAACUAUGAAUGUAUUUUAGAUAUUUAAACCUUUUUGGAAAGCAUUUUAUGCAAAACGAAAGAAACAAAAUAUUUUCAAUGACAAUAUCUAAAUUUACGCGAUAAAAGUUUAUGGUCAAGGUAGUUUGCCAGCCAAAGAAAUAGCGUCUUGUCUGGGAACUAAGGAUUUUAAAUCGAAGACGACAUCAAGUUUCGACAGUACUCGGAUUUUGGCAUUACCUUUACUCCAUAUUGAUGUGCUUUGUUAAACUCUAUGUAUUGUACGUAAAUGAGUGUGUAUUGAUAUUAAAAUCAAAAUUGUUUGUUUUCCAUAACCAAAAUGUUUGCAAUUUCGAGGAGCAUCCAGUUGAGUCGCUGUUUUUUGGGCUUGCGUCGUGGCUUUGCUCAGAGCUGCCAGCCGUGUCCUCGAAUCCUGGCCGCCAUUGACUUCGACAAGACCAUCGUAACGCAGGAUUCCAGUCUGGCUGUCAGCGAACUGUUGCCGACCAAACAACGAAAGGAGCUGCAGGAUCUCAUUCCCAAAACUGGCUGGCUGACCUUCAUAGGUAAAGUCCUGAAUUCGCUGCACAGCGAACACAAAAUGGACUCUUGUGCCGUGGGGAAACAUGUGCGUAGCCUGUCGGCAGUUCCGGGGAUCCUUCGCGUCAUCCGGCGACUGGCCAGGAAUCCCGAGGUGGACCUGUGCAUCGUCAGCGAUUCCAACUCGUUUUUUAUCUGCGAGUGGUUGAAAGAGUACGCCAUCGAUCACCUCUUCGCCGCCGGCGUGUUCACCAAUCCUGCCUGCAUCCAAACAAAUGGCGAGGUGCUGGUGCUGCCCUACGAGGAGCAGGGUCACUGCAAGCUUUGCCCCUCGAAUCUCUGCAAGGGCGCCGUGCUGAAGCAGCUCAUCUGCAGCGGCAAGUACUACCAAGUGAUCUACGUGGGCGACAGCUGCAACGAUCUGUGUGCCAUGAGGAAGUUGCGCACGAAGGACGUUGCCUGCAUCAGGCGAGGAUUCGAGCUGUAUGGCAAGCUAGCCGCCCAUAAACGUGACCUCGACUGCUCGGUGCUUACCUGGAGCGAUGGCCACGAGCUGGAGUCGCUUCUACUGAUGCCCAGUGCAGCCCACUGAUGCGCGGCUUAGCGUUGCGUUUGUGGUAAGGCCAGGUUAUUAAUGCUGCUGUUUUAUUUCGACUUAAAAAUAAAUCUUUUAGUAUGUAUACAUAAGAAUAAUUUCACUUAAUAUGGACUUAAGCAUUAAAUUCCAUGGAAAAGUAGAUAUUACCGAGGUCUCUUCAGCGUCUGCAGCUGGGCCCGUGUGUACAUAAUAUUCAUCCACUUUGUGUUAAGUAGACCGAAAACUUAAAGCUAACUACAUUCUUUCUCUCUUAUGCGAUCGCUAUUGCUGCUGCGGCGGUAUCAGAACUGUUUGCCUAAUAUUAUUUCACACACGGUUGUUUAUUUUGCCAUUUGUUUUCUUUCAAUCAAUGAUGGCUUUCUCGCCGAAAUCAUAUAUCUGUUCUUGUGCUUUUCACUUAAAGUUACAGGUAUUAUAUUUAUAUAUAUAUAUAUAAUGGUUGUGUGGGGGUUAGAUUGUUGGGUAUGUGUUAGCAUAAAUUACAUGUAUAAUACAUUUUUAGUCCUACAAUUACAGAGAGUGUAGAACCUAGCUUUCUUCGAUUCUUGAUCAAACGAAGGCCAUUCAUUUUUCGCUUACGAAUCUACAAAAACUAAACGAAAAAAAAAAACAAGCAGCUACCGCACAUGAAGACACUACUUAGGUUGUGCUUGACUACUUACAGGGGCUGUUGUUCUUAUAAAUA